AGGUGAACCCCGUGCGCAAGGCAGAGAUCAAGUUCUCCUCCUACAGGAAGGUGCCCAUCCUGGUGGUGCAGGAGGGCGAGAGCUCGCUCAACGACUCCUCUGUGAUCAUCAGUGCCCUCCAGACCUACCUGGUGUCGGGGCAGCCGCUCCAGGAGAUCGUCACCUACUACCCGCCCAUGAAGGCGCUGAACGCCCAGGGCAAGGAGGUGACCGAGUUCUGCAACAAGUACUGGCUCAUGCUGGACGAGGAGGAAGCCCGGCGCAUGUACGGGGCCAAGGAGGCCAGGACGGAGGAGAUGAAGUGGCGGCAGUGGGCGGACGACUGGCUGGUGCACCUCAUCUCCCCCAACGUGUACCGCACGCCCGCCGAGGCCCUGGCCUCCUUCGACUACAUCGUCCGCGAGGGCAAGUUCGGGGCCGUGGAGGGCGCCAUGGCCAAGUACGUGGGAGCAGCCGCCAUGUACCUCAUCAGCAAGCGUCUCAAGAGCAGGCACCACCUGCAGGACGACGUGCGCGAGGACCUCUACGCCGCCGCCGACAAGUGGGUGGCAGCCGUGGGCAGGGAGCGGCCCUUCAUGGGGGGCCAGCAGCCAAACCUCGCCGACCUGGCGGUGUACGGCGUGCUGCGGGUGAUGGAGGGGCUGGAGGCCUUCGACGACCUCAUGCGGCACACACGCAUCGGGCCCUGGUACCUGCGGGUGGAGCGGGCCAUCGCCGACGCCCCCCACGCGUGCUGACCCGGGGGGCCCUGGGGAUGCUGCCCCAGCCCUCUCUCUCGGACACGGAAUGGUUCUGCGGGGGGCCCUGGGCUGCGAGGGGCACGGCCCCGGCUCAGG